AAAUGAAUGAUUGUGCUGGUCUACAAGCAUCGCUAACCAAUGGUGACUGCAUUUCUUUACCUCCUUCAUAUGAUAGACAACAAAUGGCAACAAAUCCGGCAUUUUGGAAUCCUCAACAACAACAACAAAUUGCAUUUAACAACAAUAAUGGUGCUAAUAUUCAAAGAAAUAGUUUACUUUUUGAUACUCCUACAACUUCGCAAAAUGGAAAUUUUGAUAUUAUUCAACAACAACUUCCUCAAUUCACCCCAGAAGGACCUUCCCCAAAUAUUUCAUCUCCUUACUUCAAUAAUAUUUCACAGCAACAAUUAAAACAAUUUCAAGAUUCGCAAAGAAAAAGUGUGGGAGGGGGGACUAAUAUAUACCAGCAACAACAGCAAGAAUUUCAACGUCCAACAAGCAAUUUUUCCUCUUCUGGACAACCACAGUUUGUUGAUCAACAAAAAAUUCAGCAACAAAUAAGCUCUCCUUCAGUUACUUCCACUGCUGAUUUAUUAGUGCCAAAUGGAGUUGGAGGAAAUGGGGGACAACAAGGAAAUAUUCAGCAAGGCUUUCCACCUCAUUUUCAAUUGCCUCAAAAUGGAAUGUUUGAUCCUAACAACAAUAAUAAUGGAGGAAUAUUGGAUGUUAACAACCCAGCAAAUUUUAAUAUGAAUGGAAACUGUAAUUCUCCAAUGUUUAGACAGUCUAUGCAAAUGAAUAAUAACGGUCAACAAUCAAUUUCUUCACCUCUAAUUGGCCAACAACAACACCAACAAAUGAUUAUACCUCAACAACAACAACAACAACAAAAUCCUUUACUCUGGCAAGGUAUGCCUCCAAAUAUGAGAAUGACAUUACCACCUAAUGGCCAGCAACAAAUUGUUUUAAAUAAUGGAAGUGAAUUUGAGGUUCCGCCCUUUCAAAUGAUACCAAACAAUGGAGGACUAAACAAUCCAUUUGGCCGUUUCUCGUUUCUUUUUACAUCUGAUUUGGCAAACAAAGCAGCUCUGUGUGUUAAACAGCGUCAAGUCCCUGAUCUUGCUAUUUGGCAUGCUCAUACUUUUGUUGAUUGGCAUCUUUCUAAUCCUUCAACUUCCAAAGCAUUUUAUGGUCCUCAACAAUCUAUGAAUCCAAUAAAUUUACCAAUGCGAAUGAAUGGUAAAUCUCCACAUCCGUCAUCAACUCCAUCAACAUCACGUUCUAAUAAACGAAAAGCUUCGCAAUCAACGGUACAAGAACAACAAAAUUCUUUGUGUAGUCCUUUACAAAUUCCCAAUAACAAUAAUUUUGUACUUCCACAAGGUUCUAUAAUUAACAACAAUCCAAAUAUUCAUAAUAACAUGGUUUUACAACAACAACAACGUUUUGGUUCUAAUAAUAAAGAUGUUUGUGAUUCUUCUAGUAAUGGUGCUGAUAUUAACAAUAUGUUUAAACGUCCUGAUGCUAUUUCUGGUGACAAUUCUAAUAAUACACCAACAAUUCAACAACAACAACAAAAUUAUUUUUGUAUAAAUUCUGGAAAUAUUAAUGGAAAUGUUGGACGUUUAGAUGAUGAAAAUCCUUUAAAAAAAAUGGAAAUAAUGGCAAGUAAAACAUUAAAUGAACAACCAGUAAAUAAAAUGAUUAAAUUGGGAGGAGGAGAGGAAGAAGAUGGAAAUGCUAAUAAUUUUAAUAAAUUAAAUAAUAAUUUACAACAACAUCAACAAAAUUGUGGAGAUGCUGCAAAGCAAGAAAAACUUCGUAAAUUGAUUGAAAUGGAAAGUGUUUUGUGUCAAUUUUCAUCUUCUGAAAAUAAUAACAACAACAAUAUGUUACCCCAACCACCACCACCAAAUUCUUUAAUUCAACAACAACAACUUAUUCAAAUGCAACAACAACAAAAUUUUAUUUCUCAACAACAAAAUGGACUUUUAAAUAAUAAUUUCCCUCAUCCUCCACAACAACAACAAUUUCCUCCGAUGGAUAAUAUAGAAAUGGGUGGGGGAGGUGGACAACAACAACAACAAUUUAAUAAUAGACCUCCUUUCUUUCCUAAUAUGAUCCCUCCUCAACAUUUUAAUCCAAUGUUAAUGCCUCCAAUGUCAACAAUAAAUAAUAACAUUCAACAACAACAACAAUUUAUUAAUAAUCGUUUACCACCUUCAAUGAUUCCCCAACAACAACAACAAAUAUUUUGUACAGAAGCACAAUUAAUUCAACAACAGCAACAACAAAAAUUGGAAACAAUUAAUUCUUCGAAUUGA